GCGAGUUUUGCUAGCGCGGCUUUAUUUGAGUUCAUCGUUCCGGACGCUUGAGCGUUGAGUCCGAGGGUUAUUUCAAGACUUGCAAAUUAUCGAUAUGGUUAUGAGAAUGUGUCUAAUUGUUUGACUUUGGUCACGAAUCGGAACUUGCGUCCCAUGUGGACAUUUGGUGCUACGUGAAACGGGAGUCCUUGUCGGCCGACCGGAGCUGUCAGCAGAAAGCACGACACCUGCAUCCAUCAGCUAGGAAUUCAGAAGGAUUUUCAAUGUCUUUGCUAGAAGAUGUGCUUGAUUUGUUGCAAAAUGUCCUUGAAUAUUUUGGAGUACCUCCGGACAUGCUGGUUCCGGUGUGGGAGAACAAGCUGUGCGGCCAGUACCGGAGUCUGGUACGAAUGAUCGGCUCCAACCUUCCUUUGACCCCCUCGCCGCGAUACCACUUCCAGAUCCCUCUACACACGUCCCAUCCAUAUGGACACUGUGACGCCACGCUGGACACCCACCCUGCCAUCCCUUCGCUGGCUGACGUGCUGUGGGUGACGGAGGACGAAGGAGACAGCUUUUCAACUAUCAGGCACUGUGUGCGUUGGUCCCAGCGAGGGGGGGGUGUGAGUCUGGGGGAUGUGGCUGUGCCAAUCCCUCCAGCUCCAGGAGGCGCGGGGCUGGCUGGGAAUCGAGCGCGGCCAAGGGGCGUGCCUGUGGAACGUGGCUCAGACCCUGUAGCCCUACGGAAGAUCACAGCACUGGAAGACGAGCUGCUCAAACUAAGAGCUCAAAUCGCCAUGAUAGUCACAGCACCAAUGUCAGACCGUCCUCAGAACAUCGUUGGUACCCCUGUAACGGCCCCCGUGCUCACAUCCACCCCGCGCUGCCCUCCACCUCCUCCUCCCGGCCCUCCUCCUCCCGGCCCUCCUCCUCCCGGCCCUCCUCCUCCCGGCCCUCCUCCCACCAGGUCCCAUGUGGGCCCGACUGACGUGGGGGAUCUAAUCCGUCAGCGCAAAGAGGCCAGGAAGGGUCAUGUCCAGGGGAAGGGCCACCCGGCUGGGCUGGGCGUUCUACUACAGCCCCAGGAUGAGUCUGCCGGCCCACUCCCCUCCAUGCUGGAUGUACUGAAGGACCUGAACCAAGUCAAACUGCGCUCUGUGGAGAGGUCGCCGGGCGGAACGCCAGUGAGAACCCAGCGGAGGAAGGCCACAGUGUGUGCGGGCGACCCUGCCGCUAUGAUCGCAGAGGCCCUGAAGAGGAAGUUCACUCAUCAUCGCCUCAACGACUCCUACGACAAGGAAAACUGCUCUGCCGAGCUCUCGCCAUUCGGUAGCCCGGAUGUGUCGCCUUGUGUUCCGCAGCAUUUCAGACGCAGCCAGGGACGUCUUCACAUGUGACCUGACUGUUAACCCCCAAGGUCAACUAAACCAACAGCCUAUCACCUCCCGCUGACUUCACAUGUGACCUGACUGUUGACCCCGCAGGUCAAACCAACAGCCUAAUGCUUCCAGCCGAAUACUAUUGCAAUAGCUGACAGAGCAUAUCCCAAAAGUACUUCCUCCUUCCCUGAAGUGUACACUCACUCACUACUCCCCAGUUCGUACUGUCUACUCCAUUAUGUGAUGGAGUGCCCACUUGAGGAAGAAAGGAUUGGGCCAAUCAGGGAUUUUGUCAGUUGACAUUUAGUUUUUACUUUUCUCCAUUUUCAACCUGUUAUGUCAUAAUAAAAAUGCUUCCAUCAGGUACUGGUUUAUAUAAGGACUUAAUUAUGAUUAUAUAAGGUGUUGAUAAUUAAUGUAUUGUUUUUCCAUGCAGUCAUUUCAAUUGUUCAUAUUUUGCUGUAAAUAUGUUUUCAUUUUUUUCAAUGCUUCCUACUGUACAGUUGAAUGUUUCUUUUGGUUAUAAUUACUGGGUUUUAUUUUUUCUGACAAAAACAAGCCUUUUAUAUUUGACUUCUUCAGCUUCUUCCCUGUUAAAGUCUAUUUUGUUCUGUCUGGGGCUGAGAACAUACGACUCAUGCUUACAAUUACUACUUCCUGUUCCAACAUGCACCUGUCUAUAGUAAUAAUGUGACAGAUCUAUCUGCUUGUUCAAUACUACCUGCUGCUUCCUGUGCUAGGGUUUCUAUGGAAAUGUUUUCUUCCUGUUAUAGGGUUUCUAUGGAAAUGUAGUUACUGAUUGAGUGUAUGCUGGUCUCUGAAUCUGAGGCUUAAAUGGUGUUUUCUGGACAUUGCACUACUCCUGUGUUUCUCUGUCACGGUUUAGGUUAUCCAAAGGGCUGGACACCUGAUGCAGAUGAUCAAUGCCUGGGUAGUGCCAAAGCUAGGCUUUCUUCCGGGCCCCGGGCCCCUUGGACAAGAUUGAGAACUGUUUAACCACCUUUAGGGUCCUGGGAAGUCUGUUUUAAUGAGGUGGCAGUGAUGCCCAAAUGUAACAAUUUUCUCCAUGCAAUGCCUGAUUUCUCUGUGAAAGUGCUGCCUUUAUUCUUUGUGUUAUUAGUUGCUGCUUGGUUGAAAUGCACUGACCAAAUUAAGGAAUUUUAAUACAUGGUUAAUACAUGUUUUUCUCCAAACUUGGUAAAUUUAGGCCAGGCAACAUGUUUGUUCAAAUAAGCCUUUGUUGAGUUCCACACUCACUGACCUCCAUAAAUAAACCGGUCUUACUGCA